GGGCGCAGCGGCAUACGAUGGAUCCUGAGUCGCGACAGACGUAAAAUGAACUCAGUGCAAAAUACACCUACUCUGUGAGGGAGCAGCAUUUCCUCCGCCAUGUUCUUAAGAGCUUCUUCCGCCAUGGCAUCCUUCCCUAGUUCUAGGGUGAGGGGCCAACUUUGUACGUGGCCAAACAUGAGGCAGUAUCGGUUUCAGAAAAGUUUGUUAUGUGGUUUUAGGAGAUUCUUUACGAAACCUUUUAAAACCUUGACUGGAGGAAGUCAGUCAUUUGGAGUUGCUCAAUUCUUUUGCAGCAUUUCUAACAUGUCCUCCACUUUGCAAAUUGAAAUUGUACCAUGCCUCAAAGAUAAUUAUGCAUAUCUUCUACAUGAUGUGGGUACGGGUACAGUUGGAGUUGUAGACCCUUCUGAAGCUCUACCUGUGAUAGAUGCACUGAGUCGGAAAAAUCAAAACCUAACAUACAUACUCAACACCCAUCAUCAUUAUGAUCACACUGGUGGGAAUAUGGAGUUAAAAGCAAGGUAUGGUGCAAAGGUAAUUGGCUCAAUCACCGACAAGGACCGGAUUCCUGGCAUUGAUAUAGCUCUCCGUGAUGGAGAAAAGUGGAUGUUUGCGGGUCAUGAAGUGGUGGUGAUGGAGACCCCUGGUCAUACACGAGGUCACAUCAGCUACUACUUUCCAGGAUCUGGAGCAAUAUUUACAGGAGACACAUUGUUCAGCUUGUCGUGUGGCAAGCUUUUUGAAGGAAGCCCUGAACAGAUGCUAUCUUCACUCAGAAAAAUUAUUUCGUUGCCAGAUGACACAAAUAUAUAUUGCGGCCAUGAGUACACAUUGAGUAAUGCAAAGUUCGCACUGUCUAUAGAGCCUAAAAAUGAGGCACUCAAAGCCUAUGCCACACAUGUAACCCAUCUCUGCAGUAGGGGCUUGCCAACGAUUCCAACGACAUUGAAGAGGGAGAAGUCAUGCAAUCCAUUUCUCCGCACUUCAAGCAUGGAAAUCAGGUUGUCGUUGAAUAUACCGGCCACUGCAGAUGAUGCACAAGCAUUAGGUGUCAUCCGUAAAGCAAAGGAUAACUGGUGAAGUAGAGAAUUUUGUUUCAUGUAUAUGGAAUGUGCUGCGUUUCAUGGAGGAACAGAAGUGGUAAUAUUUCAGGUGUGAAGGUUUUUUUUUUUCUGUAUGCCUCCAUCUUUGUUAAUAUAGAAAUUUCAUCGUUAUGGGGUAUGGAUAUGAAUUUGUCCCCACAUUCAACUCACUACCACAAGAAACCUGACACUUUGAGUUGUGGACUACCGUUUUUGUUUCUAGUAUUCAUCAUAAUAAUUGCAAAUGUUGUUAAAUACUUUAUGAUAAAUACAAAAAGAGAAAGUACACAGUGCUAAA